UCUCCCUCUCACCCAGUUGUUACCUUGACGUGGGCGAGUGAGGGUGUGCGUGCUGACCGGACGAGUGUUAUUACAAAGUGACCAGUUACACGCUACCUAGUGAUUAUUAAAGAAAGUGCUUGUGCUAACUCAUAAAUAUGAAGACUGAGGCAGCGUUAGAUCAAGGCUGAAGUGAUGCAGGUGGCUUGAUUAGUGAGAAAAUUGAGAAAAUAGUAAUAAUGGCGGACACUGAGAGCGGAGCGGUGACCAUGGAGGAGCAGGAGCAGGGGAUAGAUGACGCCAAGAACCCGUGUCAGCAGGACUCCGCUUAUGGCUCCCUGGAGUCCUCAUCGCAGGGUCCCUCGCAGAAAAGCAGUUACAGUGGAAGCAAGAGUCUCAACAGCGGGUCCAGUCACAGCAGUGGUUUUGGGGAUAAUGCUGACUUUAGCGAGAACUGCCUCAAGGACACAAAACACAAGGACCACAAGAGAAAGAAGACCAAAGAGAAGGCAGAGAAGAAGGUGGAGAAGGCAGAGAAGCUGACCAAGGAGGAGAAGAAGGAGAAAGAGAAGACUCGCUCUGUUCAGGACCACCAUGACCCCCGCCUAGCCAGUGAGACCGCCAGCAGCAUAGCUACGGGAUUGGAGGAGAGCAGUUUAGCGUUUAAUUGUAACAGCAAUGAUGGGGAUGAGAGAACAGACCAGCCCAAUCUUGUUUACACCCAGGCGCUCAACUACAUUAGAAAAAUAAAGGAACGAUCUGCCGAGCAAGGAGUGCCCUUUGCAAGCCCUGAGUUGGCCCAGCUGCCGAGGGACACACAUGAUAUUGCGGCCUUCCUUAAGAGCUUCAAGAGUACAAGAGGGUUCACGGUGGCCAUCAGUGUGCAGGACGGGCUGGUGCUGCAGGUGUCACCAGCAAUCACCGAUGUGCUGGGGUUCCCUAAGGACAUGCUGAUUGGCCAGUCCUUCAUUGAUUUUGUGUACCCCAAGGACUCCAUCAACCUGUCCUCAAAGAUCAUACAUGGACUUAAUCUACCGUUCAGGAAUGAGAGUAUUAAAGACAACUACGGCACUUCAUUCUUCUGCCGUAUGCGCAUGUACCACAGCCUCAGGAGCUCAGGGUUUGGCGUGAGGAACAAGCGCACGAUAUACAAGCCUUGCAAGAUGAUACUCAAGUUCCACGACCCAACCUGCCUUGAUGAGACUGCUUCCACAUGCGGGUCCAACUCCUCCUUGUUGUUGGCGGAGGUUAUCCCCAUCCAGAGCAUCUACCAGGUCCCAGAGGAGACGCCAGCCAUGGGGAGUUUCAGCAUCAGACACACCGCCUCCUGUAACUUUUCCGAGUACGACCCAGAGGCCAUCCCUUACCUGGGCCACCUCCCGCAGGACCUCACUGGCAACUCUGUGUUUGAUUGCUACCAUCCUGAAGACCUGCCACUGCUGAAGGAGGCGUAUGAAGAGAUGGUGAGAGAGCAAGGCAACCCCCACAGGAGCAAGCCGUACCGUUUCCGCACUUUUAACGGGAGCUACGUCAUGCUCGAGACCGAGUGGCUGUGCUUUGUCAACCCCUGGACCAAGAGGAUAGACUCCAUCAUCGGCCAGCACCGCGUCCUCAAGGGUCCGAGUGACAUUGCCAUCUUCCUUGAUCCCGGGGACAAGGCGCCCACCCCACUGCCUGAGGAGGUCAUGAAGGAGGCACAGAAGGCACAAAAGGAAAUCAUUGAACUGCUGGCCAAGCCUGUGGUGGCGUACAAGGACCCAAGCAAAGGAUCCCAGGAGAUACGGCGCAGGACUCUAGCCAACAUGAUGAGCUCCAUAGUGGACGAACUGGACAACCUGGAGAAGAAUGAGACACAAGUGGCCAACCAGUACUCCCUGCCAACCAUGCGUCAGUGCACUAAGGCCGGCAAGCCACACCACCACCCGCCUGAUAGACCAGACCAUAACAGCCCAUUUCCCACCACCCAGGACCAGGCCUCAGUGGUUAUGGGUGAGAUCUCUCCUCACCAAGAUGAUCGUUGCUAUGAGUCGUACCCUUCCACCUCCACUCCGUCCAGCUACAGCAAGCUCAACUACAAUGAGACCAUGCAGAGGUUCUUUCGGAGUCAACCCAAAACUGUGUCAUCUGACGAGAGCGGCGACAGCAAGAUGGAAGUGUCUCACCUUGGCAGUCUUGGCUCCAACACCAACAAGCAGUCGCAAGAUAACUCACAGUCUCAGUCCGGUUCGGGGUCAGGGGACAACUGCGACCACACCAGAAAGUCAGAGAGCACGGCCAAUGGGAGUGGCAGCGGUAGUGGGGCCACGGGACGCACUUCCAGCCAGGGGCGUUCUUACAAACACGUGCAGCUGACAGAGGAGGUUCUUUCGAGGCACAAUGCAGACAUGCAGAAGAUGUUUAUGCAGCGGCAGAGGACAGGACCCAAGCCUCACAAGGACAAGGGGAAGCUGAAGCCCAUGAAGAAGCUCAUUAAAAGGCCUGGAGAGAGAACGUGUGGUGUGAAGCGAGGCGGUGGAGCCAUGGAGCAUGAGGCCACCGCCAGCAAGCAGCCGUUCCUGGCACCCUCAGCGGCAGGCUCCAGCUCCUCCCUCAAGCCUUCCUCUGUGGAUGUGUGGGGCCAAGGAGAGAGCCAGACACACAUACAGUCCUCUGGAUCUGCGGGGGCAACAGUGGGCCCUGGCACCACUCACGUGGCGGCAUCUCAGUACCCAAGCAUUGUGCCGGGCUUCUACUUCCCCACCAGUACCUCCAGCAUCUCCCAGGUGCCCCCUGUGUCCCGUGCCCCUGCCCCAGUGCCCCUGGUACUCCCAUCACAGCAGCCCACCUUCCUCCACCCUCAAGGGGUGGCAGCCGUGCCUGUCCAGUACAUCCCAGGGGUCAUGUACCAGCCGGUGGGGCCGCCGCUGUUCAACGCGCCGCCACUAAUGCUGCCCAACGUGGUAUACCAACACACGGCAGUGCACACACCUCUCAACCAAGUGCCUGUGCCUGUGUCUGACGGAGAGAAGCCCUCUGGGGCCGAGAGUGACCAUGACCUGUUUGAGCCCAUCCCUCAGUCAGCCAAGAGUUUCAUCGCCAAGCACUCCACCUCACACCUGCGCCGGCCGGACUCUCAGGCCACGUCUGUGAAGGCUGAGCCUGGGUCAGCCCGGGGCAGCACUGCCUCUGCCUCAGGGAAGGUGAUCAGCUCCCACUCCCAUGUGGCGGAGAGCAUCAGAUCCUACGUGGAGGACACCACCACUGUGUCCCCGGGAUGUGCCCCCAAGGAUACUGAGAAGAAACGUGCCUCAUCACAGGUCUCACAGUAUUCACAGUCUACCAGCGUGCGAGCCGAGGCCGAGAGUAUCGGCUCCCCGGAGAAACAGGACAAGAUGACCAUGGAGCCGCGCCAUGAGAACUCCAGUGACAUGGUGCUAUCAGUGACCAGCUCCACCGGCUCUCCUGGUGAAUACAAGUCCAGCGACGACAGCAUGCAGAACGUGUCAGACUCCAGCGAGGUGUCGGGCAUGGGCAUGAAGUGGAACAUUCCCCGUGCUAAGUGCCAACGGCCGGUACUGAGUGACCCGCCAUGGCUGGAGGAUGUGAAGCUGACCCCGGAGCUGCUCUACAAGUACCAACUGGAGACCAAGGAGCUUGUGGACGUCCUGCGGCACGACAUGGAUAAGCUGAAGAGUGUGCGGCAGCCCACAAUGGUGGAUGACCAGCUGUCGUCACUGUACAAUGAAUUGGAGUUGGAUGGAUCCAGCCCUGACCUGCACCUGGAGGACGGGGUCACCUCUUCCUCAGGCGAUGACCAGGCUGGCACGUCAUCACAGCAGCAACCAGCACCAAGAAAGAAAAGAUCAUCCUCCUACUUCAGCAAGAUGGCAAUGCUGCAUGAGGAGGACGCCCCCAUGCCACCUUCAGAGGUCUGGUGUUGCCAUCGCCAGCAUGCCCCAGAGACUUCCAGCUCUUCCUCAUAAAAUCCCGAGGCUCAACAUCCCUUCCCUGAGACCACCCAUGUGUUUGGCAUAACCUGAAAGGGGACAUAUCACAGAGCUCGGCAAUUCCUGACCCUUGAGAAACUAUUAAAGCCAGCACCCGGCACCCUGGUGGUGGUGGGGCGGCAAGUAGUGCAAACCUGGUACCUGUAGUGAAGUGAGCCUCAAUGCUGAACACUGGAAAUGCUGUAGUGCUGCUGUGAGGCCAGUGUUGUGAAGCAGGGUGGUACUGUUAGCUGCCUGUGCUUGGUGACCCUUUGCCUGGUGGAAGGAGGUUGUGAGGUCAGAGACAGCAAAUGGUGACAUGUUGACAUGCUUGGAAAAUUAUGCAGGUCAUGUCACCACUGCCACAAGUCACUCAGGGCAGCACGUAACUGGCAGCAUAUAUAUGUCUUUUUGAUCAAGAUGACGUGUAUUUUUCUUUUCCACAAUCUAUUUUUACUACUGCCUUCUUAGUUCUUCUUGAAGCUGGAGCCUUCAUAGCUAUUGUUUAAGUGGCUCAGGUGUCACUUGGUCCUCAUACUUUACUUGCUGGUUCCUUCCCUUCUCUCUCUGCCUACCAUCCCUUCUUGAUUAUGCUGGCAAGUCAAGAAAGUGCCAUUUGAUCCUGCAGUGACAUGUCCAGACUCACUUCAAAGAUUCCUCUCUUGGUAUAUUUUUAUUUCACUAAGGAAUCCUUCAUCUUUCAUAGAAAAGCUAGGCAUUCAUCCUUUCAUCUGGGUGUUGUUUCAGUGAGCUGCAUCCUGGAGGUAAUUCAUCCUCAACAGUUUCAUUGGAUUCAUCAUGGCAUUCUGAGUAUUGUGAAUGUUGAACUGGAUUGGUACAGUAAGAAUUAAGUGCCAUGUUAGAAGAUGAGCAUUGGAAGCAUGUUAUUCAGUAGGACCCCAAGCAGCCUCUUGCCUCAGUGACUGCCACACCUGAUGCUUGGUGGUCACAGGAGCUGCCCUCCUCAGUGACCAGCAGCUGUCUUUUAAGUUAAGUGAGCAAUUCUUGGUGCUUUUGUUUCAAAGGAGAGAAUGGAAGAGUGGAGAGCAGCAACUCUAGGCAUGGCUGUGAGAGAUGUGCAUUUGUCAUGUGGUGUGUGUGGUAAGGAGAUGUGUAUAUGCUGUGCUAGAGAGUGUGCAGCAGCAGCAGCAGGGUGUUGCAACACACCUUGGCUGGCAUUCAGGUGAGGCGAGGUGAGGGGUGGAAGUCGUGGUGCGCAGCGUGGCUGCCAUGAGCUGAGGGGUGUGGUGUCUUCCAGCCUUUGGGGUCCAGUGUAGCACUUGAAGUAGGAAGGAAUCUUUUCUUAACUUUUUGAUAUUCAUUGAAUUUUUUUGUAGGGAUUUCCUUGUUACAGGAUGAAAUGUGUAUUUAUGAGGUGAAUUACAAAGAAUGAGAUAAAACGGAAACAAAUAUAAUCAUGAUUCAGUUUGCUGAAGACACACCCGAGUCUCAUCAUCAUUGUUGUGUGUACUGUUCACAAUUAAUGCCUUCACCAUCACACUACACUUUCCCACCAAGAGGUUUUAGUCACACCUGGUCUGGUGAAUCCCAGCCAGAACUCUGAUCUCGGAACACUGCACCGGCAGUCAUACAACUGUAGCUAAGCUGUAGAUAUGCUAUUUUAUUGUUAUACAUAUAUAUAUAUAUAUAUAUAUAUAUAUAUAUAUAUAUAUAUAUAUAUAUAUAUAUAUAUAUAUAUAUAUAUAUAUAUAUAUAUAUAUAUAUAUAUAUAUAUAUAUAUAUAUAUAUAUAUAUAUAUAUAUAUAUAUAAAUAUAUAUACAAAGACACAAUUUUAUGAUUUUUAAACAAAAUUGUGUUAUAUUGUUAAUUUUGUAAUAAAACUCAGAUGAUAAA